AUGGAUAACACAGUAGGAUUGAUUCUUGUGUUGGUGAUACCCUUGACUCUUCUGGUUACCCAGUCUGUAGUGGGCCAUGUACCCGAGAAACGUUCUUCGGGUGCACGUGACUGGGGUCCAUGGACUGGUUGGUCAGCCUGCAGUCAGUCAUGUGGCUAUGGGACAGCCUACAGGAUACGACAAUGCCAUGCACACCACAGCAGGCACAACAACAGUACCACUUGCCAAGGACCAUCUAAACAAUUCAAGCUGUGUAUCAUGCAGAACUGCACUGAUGCAUUGACCGACUACAGGGCAAUAGAGUGUGCCAAGCACAACAAGGUAUAUUAUGGUGGUCAAACAUUCUCUUGGGUUCCAUACAUUAACAGUAUGUCUCCAUGCGAGCUGUCUUGCAAGUCUGUGGGAUUCGAAUAUUACGCACGCUUCCAAAAGACGGUUGCUGACUUUGUUAUCUGCAAUGCAGAGAACACAGCCGUGUGUAUUCGAGGCAGGUGUGUGAAGUCUGGUUGUGAUGGAAUUCUGGACUCCGAGACACAAGUGGACAGAUGUGGUGUUUGUGGCGGAGAUGGCACCGCGUGUCGCUUAAUUCGUGGAAUCUUCACCCGCAUGCACCUGGCCCACCAAGGCUACAACGUCAUCACCACAAUUCCGGCGGGAGCUUGUAGCAUCAACAUCACUGAGAUGGGUCGCAGCAGCAACCAUUUGGCUCUGUCUACAUCCUCUGGGUAUUUCUUAAAUGGAGACAUGAAACUCCAACAGGAGGGUGAGAUCAAAGGUGCUGGUACAACAUUUACUUACAACAGGAGCACCAGUCAGAAUUGUCCUGGAGAGUGUUUGCUGGCAGCAGGACCUCUCAAUACAUCCCUCAGAGUGGAGCUGUUAUACUUUGGCAGAAACCCUGGGAUUUACUAUGAUUUUACUGUACCCCGUGGAGAUACUUACAACUUCAUGAACUCUUUGUCAUCGUUACAUAAUAGAGGAUCAUCUUUCAAUGUACCUCAUCCCUCUGGUAGAGAUACAGAAGAGAGACAAAAACUGAGGUCAGCAGUGCAGCAUCAGCCACCUGGUAGGUCUGGACCCCUUCACAACAGUUUAGCCAACUCCUUGCAGAAGCAGCAGGGAGGUUCCAGGUCAACUGCUGAUACAUAUUCAGAGAGACAUUACAAUGGUUAUGAUAAUAUACUGAAUAGUCACAAUCCCGAUCACAACCUCUACUCGUGGCGUAUAUCUGGAUUCACCGCUUGUUCUGAAUCAUGUGGUGGAGGGUUGCAGGAUACCCGUAUUGUUUGUGUUAAAAGAGAUUCACAAGUGGAAGUGAUGGAAGAAAAUUGUAUCCAGAACAUCAAACCUGAAUCUACGACUAUCACCUGUAAUAACCAGCCGUGUCAAGCCAAAUGGGAUAUAAGUGAGUGGGAUGCUUGCAGUGUGACUUGUAGCCGAGGUCUACAGCAACGUAGCGUGGAAUGUAAGCAGAGAAUCUCACCGACUUUGACUCUCUCAGUUUCACCAUCAGCUUGCACUCAACCACAACCACAGACCAGGCAGUUCUGUCAGCUGGAUCCCUGCUUCACAUGGCAAACCUCAGGGUGGAGCAAGUGUUCUUCAGUUUGUGGCUUCGGUCAGAGAACUCGAACCAUUUCAUGUGUCAACAGUACAGGACACUCUGUCAGUGAGAGUUUGUGCAGUCAGAUCAAACCAAUGACAGAAGAAAUCUGUGACAUGGGAUCAUGUGCUCAAGGCUGGUUUCAUUCCAAGUGGUCUGAAGAGUGUUCUUCAGAGUGUGGUAAAGGUUACUAUACUAGACAAGUGUUCUGUUCUGCUGCUGACGGUGCCAGACUUGAUGAAAAGAAAUGUGGUGGCAAAAAGAGCAAGCCGAAAGAACACAAAAUGUGUAGAAACACCAAACCUUGUGGGGGUCAGUGGUUCACUGGAUCUUGGUCACAGUGCAAUAUGACAUGUGGAUUAAAUGGUUAUCAUCACCGUGAUGUUCUGUGCAUCAAACAUCAUGGGAAAACAAUAAGACAGAUAGUUAAAGAUCAUAACUGCAUCCAAGAAGAAAAACCACUAGACACAAAACCUUGUGGUCCUUUUCCUGCAUGUAAACCACAAUGGUUUGUGAUGAGCUGGUCUGAGUGUAGUAAAUCAUGUGACACUGGAGUGAAGACUCGAGAAGUCAAGUGCCUGAAUGCUACUUUGAGCCCCAGUCCCGACUGUGACAAAAAACUCAAACCAUCACGCCGGCAACCGUGCAAUACUCAGUCAUGUCAAGAAAACCAUACACCCAUCUCAGAGUCUCCUGACACUGCAACACAUGAAGCUUUUCAGAUGGAUGGACUAGUAUCUACAGAAGAACAUCCACUGUGUAAAGAUCAUCAAAGCCCAUGGUGGUGCCAGCUGACCAAACAGGCAAGAUUAUGCAACUAUCCACACUACAGAAAACUCUGUUGUCACACUUGUCAGAAAAUUGAUGUUAAGCAUCACUGA